GCUGCCUCCCCGCUGGGGCUCCUUGGCCUUCCGGAGAGGCAGGGCCGCCCGGGUACUAUCGGACCUCCGGGGAACGAGGCCGAGCGAACUCCGGUGCUCCCGACUGGGAGCGGCUGGCCCCGGUGGGUGCGGAGUCACCGCCCGCUGGCUCGCUAACAGCCCCGAGGAAAAGUUGGUGGUGCGCUUUGUAGGACAAGCGCAGAGUGACUUUUGGGACGGGAAUGGUUUUGCGAGGUGGCUGAUAGCGAGCUAAAAUGAAUCCAGUUCCUGAUCCCACCUCAAGUCCCUCUCACCCCCAGCAACAGCUUGGAAGGUCCCAGCUAAAUGCUGCUCCUGUGACCCAUAGUGGGAACAGUCAGAGACCUGGAACCUCUUCAGGAGAUUCUGCAACUUCUUCAGUUCCUGGCUACUCCCGCAGCAGGGAGAAAACAGAAAAAAAGGAGGGCAUGAAGGAAGAACCUGAAAUGCUCUUUGAAGAACUGCUUGAGAGGGCCAAAGCUGGAGAACCAAAAGCACAAACAGAGGUGGGGAAGCACUUCUUGAAAUUAGCAGAAGAGGAGGAUGAAGAACUUAACAAUUGUAGUGCAGUUGACUGGUUCAUCCUUGCUGCUAAGCAAGGUCGAAGAGAAGCUGUCAAACUCUUGCGUAGAUGCCUGGAAGACAGAAGAGGUAUAACUUCUGAGAAUGAGGAAGAGGUGAAAAAGUUAACAUCUGAGACUGACUUGGAGAGAGCUGUUCGAAAAGCUGCCUUGGUCAUGUACUGGAAAUUGAAUCCAAAAAAGAAGAAGCAAUUAGCGGUUUCUGAACUGCUGGAAAAUGUUGGGCAAGUUGACAAUGAAGCAGAUGGUGAGAAGCAGCCUGGUCCAGUCCCAAAGUCCGUGCAGAAGCAGAGAAGGAUGCUGGAGCGAUUAGUGAACAGUGAAUCUAAAAAAUUUAUUGCUUUGGAUGACUUUGUUGAAAUCACCAAGAAGUAUGCAAAGGGAAUCAUCCCAUCCAACCUGAUUAUGCAGGAAGAGGAAGAUGAUGAGUUGGCAGGGAAGAAUCCUGAAGAGUUACCUCUACGACUGAAGGUUGUAAAAUAUCCACUUCAUGCCAUUAUGGAAAUUAAAGAAUACCUUAUAGAUAUUGCAUCAAAGGCAGGAAUGCAUUGGCUGUCUACCAUUGUUCCAACACACCAUAUCAAUGCUCUCAUCUUUUUCUUCAUCAUCAGUAAUCUGACAAUUGAAUUUUUUGCCUUCAUUAUUCCAUUAGUCAUAUUCUAUUUGUCCUUCAUUUCUAUGGUGAUUUGCACACUGAAAGUUUUUCAGGACAGUAAGGCUUGGGAAAACUUCCGUGCUUUGACUGACCUACUGCUUCGUUUUGAGCCGAACCUAGAUGUUGAGCAAGCUGAGGUGAACUUUGGAUGGAAUCACUUAGAGCCAUACUUUUAUUUUUUACUGUCAGUAUUCUUUGUAAUUUUUUCCUUCCCUAUAGCAAGCAAAGACUGUAUACCAUGCUCAGAGUUAGCUACUGUCUCAGUUUUCUUCACAGUGACAAGUUACAUGAGUUUAAGCACAUGUGCAGAACCUUACACACGAAGGGCAUUAAUAACUGAGACAGCUGCAGGUUGCUUAUCCUUAUUGCAGGUAUUACCUGGGAAUUUUGGCUUCUUGAAAUUCUUAGGAAAAACCUUCUUUACAGUUCCUGUAGGCCAUUUCUUUGUGAUCAAUGUUAGCAUCCCCUGCCUUCUGUUUUUGUACUUGUUCUAUCUUUUCUUUAGAAUGGCCCAACUACGGAAUUUUAAAGGCACCUACUGCUACCUGGUCCCAUACCUGGUGUGCUUUAUGUGGUGUGAACUCUCUGUGGUCAUUCUGCGCGAGUCCUCUGGCAUUGGGCUCGUUCGUGCAUCCAUUGGUUACUUCCUGUUCCUCUUUGCCCUGCCAGUGCUGGGUGUAGGCAUUGCGCUGAUGUGUCUUGUCCACUUCAUUAAGUGGUUUUUGUCAUUGGAGCUCAUGAAAAUUGUUGUGACCCUGGUUUUGUGUGCUGUUCCUUUGCUCUUUCGAUGGUGGACAAAGGUUAACUUCUCCGUGGUUGAAGUGGUUAAAUCGCUCACUCGAAGCUCCAUUGUGAAACUCAUUCUGGUGUGGAUUACAGCUGUAGUGCUGUUCUGUUGGUUCUAUGUGUAUCGAUCUGAAGGCAUGAAAGUUUACAACUCCACCCUGACGUGGAAUCAGUAUGGUUUCCUCUGUGGACCCCGGGCCUGGAAGGAGACUAACAUGGCACGUACUCAGAUUUUGUGCAGUCACCUGGAAGGACACCGAGUGACAUGGACCGGGCGGUUCAAAUAUGUGCGCGUGACAGAAAUCGACAACAGUGCAGAAUCUGCAAUAAAUAUGCUUCCAUUUUUUAUUGGUGAUUGGAUGAGAUGCUUGUAUGGUGAAACCUAUCCUCUUUGUGAUCCCAAAAAUGUUACACUGGAUGAGGAAGAAUUGUGUCGUCUGAAGUUUUUGACAAAGCAUAAAUGCCACAUGAAAAUGUUUGAUCGGUACAAAUUUGAAAUAACUGUGGGCAUGCCUUUCAGUAGCAAAAAUGGAAGCAAGCCUAUAGAGGAGGAUGAUAUAACCAAAGAUAUUGUGCUGAAGGCAAGCAAUGAGUUUAAAACAGUGUUGCUGAACUUGAGGCAAGGGAGUAUAAUUGAAUUCAGCACAAUUCUGGAGGGUCGUCUUGGCAGUAAAUGGCCUGUCUUUGAACUGAAAGCAAUCACUUGCUUGAAUUGCAUGUCUAAACUCUUACCUGCAGGGAGGCACGUGAAAAUAGAGCAGGACUGGAGGAGCACAGUGCAUAAAGCCAUUAAAUUUGCUUUUGAUUUUUUCUUCUUCCCAUUCCUGUCAGCUGCAUAAUGUGCUCACAUAUUGGUUCAGUGGUAUUUUCAGUGUCCACUGCAUUUACACUACCAAAGGUUUGGCUCCUUAAGAGAAAAUAAAACACCCAACAAAAAUCUACCUUGCUGUAGCAAUGCUCAAACAGUGUGCUAAUAAAGAGCACUGGUUGAGUUUUGCAAGUGUACACACCAUAUCCUGACCUUAAACCCUGUAUGACUGAAGUGAUAUGUAGUACUUUAAUAUUGUAAAUGAAUGCAGGGGAUCACUGCUGACUAAUUGCAUGGAAACUGUUUUGUCCAAAAUGGAUAUAUUGCCUGUGGUAUAACACUAGAUGCAUUCACUUCCUCAAUGUUAAAAGCACUUUACUCUUUUAAGUAUUCACAACGUGCCCAUUUGUAUUUUCACAGGUAUGGUUUAGAAUAGGUAACUGACAAUAGCUUUUGUUGCAUUCAUUGCUUGUAUUUAUUUUGUGUUUUCUAGAAAAAAUUGAUCUUAGAGUCAGUACCUGGUGGUAAUAUUUGCGUACAGCAAUCACUGUUUCACUAUUUUUCCAGAAGAUAGUGACCACUGUUUUUUGAAAGGGCACAACAUUUCACACCCCAGCAAGGUUUUACAAAGUCCCCAGGCUUCUACUUAGCAUUAAAUAUAGUGAACAAAAUUUGCUAUUUGUUCUGAUUGGUUACACUAAGGUAUAGUCCAUGCUGGUGUGUGAAAGGCAAAUACCAAGGCUGGUAUUGAGAUGGUACCAGUAAUGGAGAAGCCACAGCAACUGAAAUUAUACCUAAAAGUCUCUAGUGGAAAUGGAAAAAGAAUGUUUGUUUAAUUACUUGUAUUUUGCAAAUAAACAUGAAGUACAAACUUGAA